UCGGUCAUGUGCCAUCACUAAUCUCAGCUGCCAUUGUGAACUGACAAUUGACUGUUUUCCGUGCGAAAGUUUGCAUUUGCGAAGGAAAUUAAGAUGCUGUCGCAAUCCCUGCUGAAUGGCGUGCGUGUCCUGCGCACCGAAGCCCGCCGCAACAUCGCCAUCGUGGCCCCAGCCCUGAACAAGGCCUCUGAUCCCAUCCAGCAGCUGUUCCUGGACAAAGUGCGCGAGUACAAGCAGAAGAGCAGCGGCGGCAAACUGGUGGACCCCAACCCCGAAAUCGAGCGUGAGAUCAAGAAUGAACUGGAUCGUGUGGCCAAGCAGUUCGGCAGCGACGGCAAGACCGACUUCACCAAGUUCCCCGAUUUCAAGUUCCCCGAGGUCAAGAUCGACCCCAUUACACAGCCUGCCAACUAAAGGGCUAACUCCGCGUAUGACUUAGUUUAAUUGCUUUAAAUUUUGCUGCUGAUUUCGUCUGCAAGUACACGGAAGAGGUGAUAUCUUGGUACGUCAAACAUCCAAUAAAAUCGGAAAACCAA